AUGCUUGGAAAACUUUAUGCUUUUAUUUAUAUACUGUUAAGUAGUGUGUUCUCUUCCACAUCCAAUAUUUAUGUGGAAAAUGAAUAUAGGUUUCUUCCACGCUCUCAAUUGCAAAAUCAAACUGAAUCUCCCAAAGUUCUUUUUCGUCGAUUCAAAUUCACAGGGGAAGCUUACUUAUUUGUUGCUCAUGUGAACAAAAUAACUCAACUCAAUCCCUAUAAUUUCUCUCUUUUAACUCAAAGAACAAUCGGUCCCAAAAAUUGCUCAAUAUUUUGUUAUUUUCCCGGUGACCAUUGCUUUCCCAUCAAUCAAUUGCUUAAUCGGCCAUUACCUCAGGGCUAUAGACAUGAUUACUUGGGCCCCCGUUUAACUAAUGCAUUUGUGAAAUCAUGGGCAACCUCUAAUUUUGAGCCCGUUUCCCCAGAAGAAGGCAUCAGCACCCAACCCGCCAAUAAUGACUUUUUGUCAGUUGAAGAUACCUUGUAUGUUUGCUACAAUGUUUUCCACGGAUUUUGCGAGCGUCUCCAGCUCACAAAUAUAUCGAAUUCAAUCCCUUGGACUCGCCAGUCUUCCCCCAUGGAUUUCUAUCCAAGGCGUUCAUCAGAUAUGCCCAUCCCAGUUGUUAAUUGGAAUGCUUCUCUUGCUUCCACUCUCACUGUAGAUGCAAGCUUUAUUUUUGUUGGUCUAGAGCAAGAUGAAUUUCAAGAUACAACCCUUGUGGUUCUCGACCCUAUCUCACUCCGGAUGCGUGAUUUCGACUACGCCAGUCGAGAACCCAGUGAAAAGAGCUCCCUUCGAUUUCGAGAAAUGGAAUUGGAUGUCAAAUAUAAGUUCUCCUUCCAAUAUACUCUCGAAGAUGGCCCCAGUGACUCAAAGCACCUUUAUGUGUACUUUGUCGUCCAGCAACCGAAUAAAACUCUCCCUGGCAUGUUGGAAACUAGACUAGUCAGAUUUUGUUCAACUCUCCAUUUUUUCCAGUCAUAUGUUGAUCUUCAACUCACUUGUAAUGGAUGCGUCCCAUCGAGUCGAGAAAGAGGUCAGAAGGUGCGUAAAUACCUUCUUGCUUAUUUACUCUUUUAUUGGAUUAGCCCAAAGCUAAUCCUUUUCAGCCAUUAUUUCUUGAUCUAA